AUGGCUGCCAACCAAAGAGAUGAGGCUAACAACAAUGAUGGUCAAAAUCACAUCGCUCAGGACCAAAAUGUGCGAGCAUUAAGAGAUUAUGUGCUCCCUGCUGUCACAAGAGUGCACUCAUGCAUUAGACCGCCGACUGUUACUGCCAAUAACUUUGAGAUUAAGUCGGCGAUGAUACAAAUGGUCCAGACUUCUGUCCAGUUUGGUGGUCUCCCCACUGAGGAUCCUAACUUGCACAUAGCCAACUCAAUAAAUACAUGGGAGGAACUAGCUCAGAAGUUUCUCUCCAAGUUCUUUCCUCCUGCAAAAGCUGCCAAGUGGAGGGGGAAAAUCAAUAACUUUUAUCAUAAUGAGGGAGAGUCAUUGUACAAUUCUUGGGAAAGAUUCAAAGACCUGCUCAAGAAAUUCCCUCAUCACGGUAUAGAGAAGUGGAUGUUAGUCCACAAUUUUUAUAAUGGGUUGUGCGGUACUACUCACACUAUAAUAGAUGCAGCAGCAGGUGGUGCUUUCAUGAGUAAAGGGGCUGAUGAGGCCUAUGAAUUGUUAGAGGAGAUGGCUAUGAGCAAUUAUCAGUGGCCUGCCGAACGAGACACCUCACAGAGAAAAGUAGCUGGGGUACAUGAAUUAGAUGCUAUCACUACUUUAACUGCUCAAGUUGCUUCAUUGACAAAGCAAUUGCAACAAAACAAGAUCUCAGCUCAAGCCCAGGCUAUACAGAUGCAAUCAGGGUGUGAAUUAUGUGGAGGGCCUCAUUUGUAUGAACAAUGUACAGUGGCCAACAUGUAUGGUAAUAUACCAGUUGAUCAGGCUCAGGUACAGGCAGUUGGUAAUUUUCAGAGGCCAUAUCAAAACCUGUUCUCCAACACUUACAAUCUUGGGUGGAGAAAUCACCCAAAUUUCUCAUGGAGAAACAAUCAGGGCAAACAAUCACAGUUUCAAGGGCCAUACCAGCAGAACAUGUCACAACAGCCUAUGAAUCAAGCCUCAUCGUCACACCAGCCUAGGCCACAGGACCAACCAGAAAAGCCUAAUGAUUUGCAAGCAGCUUUACCGCAAGGGAAUUUUCCUAGCAAUACUGUGGUAAAUCCUAAGGAGAACUGUCAAGCAAUUUUGUUGAGGAGUGGUAAGCAAGUGGAGCAGCCCAGUGUACAAAAGUCAGCAGUUCAGAAUGAAGAGUUGGGUGAGAAAUCUGAUACAAAUGAGAAAGGGGUUACUGAAGACCACCAGAGUUCAGAAAAGAGUCCUCCAAUUGUUGAUGACCAGCCAGUUCGAGUUCCAUAUCCUCAAAGGCUUAGAAAAAAAAUCUUGAUAAAUAGUUUUCUAAGAUUCUAG